UCCCGCUUCGCGUGACAACCGGGGUUUGGGAGCGAGCCGCCGGUCUCCAGUUUAAAUCGAGGGGGAUGGAAUUCGGGCUGUCAGUGACAGACAGGACGGGGCAGGCACAGAAACGACAGGAGCAGAUGUCUUGUGCGUUAUUUUUUCUUUUCUUUUUAAACAACCGCAGUAGCACUUAAAAAAACAUAUAUAUAUUUAUAUAACCCCCACCCCUUUAAAUAAUAACAAUUUUAGAGCUUUAACAGCAGUGAAGACAGCAUACCUCGUCUCCAUUUUUUCAAUAACAAUAAUAACCAUGUACAGAUAUCUGGGCGAGCUUGCCUCCCGCGGAGCCGGUUCCGCUUUGGCCUCGGGUUGCGCUGACUCCGCUCUGCCGGCCUCCGCGUCCCUGCUGCGGGUCCGCCACUACAGCGAGGCUGUCGGGGGGCAGAAGGAAGACGACCCCAACUUUUUCAAGAUGGUGGAAGGUUUUUUCGACCGCGGCGCCAGCAUUGUGGAGGACAAACUCGUGGAAGACCUCAAAACUAAAGAAACGGUGCAGCAGAAGCGCCACCGGGUCCGGGGAAUCCUCAAGAUUAUAAAGCCCUGCAACCACAUACUGAGCGUGUCAUUCCCUCUCAAGCGCGACAACGGGGAGUGGGAGGUGAUCGAGGGCUACCGAGCCCAGCACAGCCAGCACAGGACCCCCUGCAAAGGAGGUAUCCGUUACAGCACGGAUGUGUGCGUGGAUGAGGUGAAAGCCCUGGCCUCCCUGAUGACCUAUAAAUGCGCCGUUGUUGAUGUACCGUUUGGAGGAGCCAAGGCAGGAGUGAAAAUCAACACAAGAAAUUACUCUGACACUGAAUUGGAAAAAAUCACAAGAAGAUUCACACUUGAGCUGGCAAAGAAGGGGUUUAUUGGACCUGGCAUCGAUGUCCCUGCCCCUGACAUGAGCACUGGAGAGAGAGAGAUGUCCUGGAUCGCAGACACCUAUGCCAACACCUUGGGGCACAAUGAUAUCAACGCUCAUGCCUGUGUGACUGGGAAGCCCAUCAGCCAGGGAGGGAUCCACGGGAGGAUCUCGGCCACGGGCCGAGGCCUGUUUCACGGCAUCGAGAACUUCAUCAAUGAGGCUUCCUACAUGAGCAUGUUGGGCCUGAGCCCAGGGUUUGGGGACAAGACCUUUGUCAUUCAGGGGUUCGGUAACGUGGGUAUGCACUCCAUGCGCUACCUGCAUCGCUAUGGAGCCAAGUGUGUGGGUAUAGGGGAGGUGGACGGCUCUAUCUGGAACCCCAAUGGCAUCGACCCCAAAGAGCUGGAGGAUUACAAGCUGCAACACGGCACGAUUGUGGGGUUCCCCAACUCCACCCCCUACGAGGGAAGCAUCCUGGAGGCGGAUUGCAAUAUCCUGAUCCCUGCAGCCAGCGAGAAGCAGCUCACCAAGGCCAACGCACACAAGAUCAAGGCCAAGAUUGUCGCUGAAGGUGCUAAUGGCCCCACAACCCCUGAAGCAGACAAGAUCUUCUUGGAGAGGAACAUCAUGGUUAUUCCGGACCUGUACUUGAAUGCUGGUGGUGUAACCGUGUCGUACUUCGAGUGGCUGAAGAAUCUGAACCAUGUGAGCUACGGCCGCUUGACCUUCAAAUACGAGAGAGACUCCAACUACCACCUGCUCAUGUCUGUCCAGGAGAGUCUGGAGAGGAAGUUUGGGAAGGUUGGUGGGACUCUUCCAGUUGUACCCACAGAAGAGUUCCAGGCCAGGAUAGCUGGUGCUUCAGAGAAGGAUAUUGUCCACUCCGGCCUUGCCUACACCAUGGAACGGUCAGCCAGGCAAAUCAUGCGCACCGCCAUGAAGUAUAACCUGGGAUUGGACCUGAGAACUGCUGCUUAUGUCAACGCCAUCGAGAAAGUCUUCAAAGUCUACAACGAGGCUGGGCUGACUUUCACAUAAAAGAUUCCUGUUUAUCUGCCCUCCUCUCAGUCAGACCUGGGACCUCCACCCCCAACCCAACCCAAUGCAGCCUUUAUAACAUAACGUAUCAAGUUUACAUAUUGUGUAUCUGUACUUAUUUACGCUAAAUGUAACCAGAGAACCGUCCCAGCUUUGUGUUUUUAAAAAGUUCCUUAAAAUUAUAUAUAGUGAUGGUUAACUAGCAUUCUGAGCAUGCCCAAAGCUAAACUGCACACUGUACCCCACCUCAUGUUUAAGAAAGAUAGAUUUUUAUUGUUGACCUUUUCUGUUUCUGACUUAUUUUAAUUAUUAUUCCUCCUCCCUAUCUUUUUUUUUAUCAUUCUGUUCUUAGUCGGCAUCCAUGGAAAAACGUGUGUACCAAAAUGGCUGAGCCACUGUUAACACACAGUGGUUAGCUGAACACUGAUGAAUUUGGAUGUACUGUAUGGUAGUAUACAGUCUCUUUGCCAAAAGUUAGUUAUGGCAAGGUUUUAACACCAUGCCAAUUUUUGUUGUGUGUGGUUUUUUGUUUGGUCUCUGGUUUCACAGCUAGUGUCCAAAAAGUAAUGCGACAUUCACUUUGCCUGUAAUAAUGCAUGGAAAUUUUACAAAAAAACAAAAUCUUCAAAAAUGAAUCCACCCACCAUCUUCUCCCACAGGUUAUUAUGCAAUUUCAAGAUCUUGAUUUGAUGCAGCGGAGCCCCAUACGCCCCCAUCAGUCUUAAUCACCAACCACUUCAGAAAGACUUCACAAUCUUCUCCUUAGUAGUAAUGCCUCUGAGGUUUUGUUUUCUAAGCUGCCAUGUGAGCCUUCAUCUCCGAUCUGCCUUGAGAUGAUCGGUUAAUUUGUACUGCCAUUUCUCAAACAAAAUACAAUUUAUAGACGUUAA